AUGGAGGCGAAAAACUGCGAAAAGCUCCAAGUGAACGCUACGUUGGAGGAGAGACUCACCAACAUGGAAAAACGAUUUACCAAAAUAGAAGGACGACUUACCAAAAUGGAGGAGGUGCUCCAGCGGGUAAUGGAGAAAAAAGACAUCUUAGCGGAGGAAUCGUUGCAGCGGAACCUGAGCAUUUUAAUGCCUAAGGUGGAGGAGCUGCUCGCGUCACACAAGAGAGCGACCUCCACUGCCAGUUCCCAGAAUCAAUUCCAUCCAGCACAGCCCUCUUCUCUAGCUACUACCUCCUCCACAAAUCUCGCUCCAUCACUCAACACACAACUCGCUGCGUCAACUACCAUCGAUGCCAUGUUCACCAAAGGCCGCCAAGUAAACGAACCAGCCGCACUCGGCCCUCCAGCGCACUCCCUCCAGGGCGCCCCACCUUUCGCCAGCCCCUCCAGAGACGCCCCGAAGUCGCUUUUCUCCGCGCAGCCCUCUCCUCCAAUCACGACGACCUUGCCCACUCCCACUCCCUCGCCCCCUCUCAAUAUACAACUUCCUGCAUCUGCCACGACCGCUGAGAUGGUCACGGAAUGCUGCCAAGGAAAUGUUCCAAACGUUGGCCCUCCAGCCCACUCCAUGCAGGGCGCCGCGGCCUCCUCCAGCCCCUCCACAGACACCCCGAAGUCGCUUCUGGAGGCCGUGAAGAAGGGAGAUGUGGCAGCACUGCGGCGCUUUCUGGCUGCCGGAAGUAGAGUAAAUGCGCGGGACGAGCGCGGCAACACCGCGCUGCACCUGGCUGCGAGCAACGGCCGCACGGAGCUGGUGGACGUGCUGAUUGCGAACGGAGCGGGCGUGGACAACUGGGCUAACCAGCGUCGCACCCCGCUGCACUGCGCGGCCGCCAACGGGUACUCAGCGACGGUGGCGCGCCUGGUGGGCGUCGGGGCGGCAGUGGAGGCGCGCGACGCCCGGGGCGCCACCGCCAGAGUGUAUGAAGUGGCAGCGCGUCUUACUGUCUGGCUUGCCCUGGUUGAUCCUAGGGCCGAGAUAGGACGCUCCCUGCGAGUGGCUGCUAACGCUGAGGUGGUGUGGAUCUUCGCGGACGCGGCUCGUGACGUGGUGCUGGGGGAAGCAGGGAUAGAGGCGUUAGUUGCUUCAGCGGCGGACGGACGCCAGGAAGCUCUUCGCGCGCUGUUACAACUGGGCGUCAAUGCCAAUGCUACUGACACGAGGGAUUCUACUGCACUGCUCAACGCUGCUUAUGCAGGCCACGCCUCGUGCGUGCGCUCGCUGGUGGAGGCCGGUGCCAAUGUGAAUGUUUUAAUACACACCGCAACGAAUGGCAAAAGAGAGUGCGUCGUCGCGCUGCUGGAGGCCGGUGCCCAAGUGAAUGUUAAGAACCGAUUUGGCAACACUCCUCUACAUUUAGCCGCAAUGUAUGGGAAAAGAGAGUGCGUCGUCGCGCUGCUGGAGGGCGGCGCUGACGCCAACAUAAGACUUCACGCUGAAUUUGGCAGCACUGCUCUGGAAUACGCAAGACAAAACAAUCAUCAAGAUUGCGUGCUCGAGAUCGAGCGGCGAUUGGUCCAGAGAAGGAAUUAA